GACGAAUUCAUGGAGUGACGUUGCCAACCUGUCACUCAACGACGCCAUUUUCUUUUUAGCUCUUUUUAAAAGUGUCAAAAGUGCUGGCGACAUCAACAUGACUUGCAAACGUAGAAACGGAGGACGUGCCAAGCACGGUAGAGGCCACGUUCAGCCGGUGCGUUGCACCAACUGUGCUAGAUGUGUCCCAAAAGACAAGGCCAUCAAAAAAUUCGUAAUCAGGAAUAUUGUUGAGGCUGCCGCCGUAAGGGACAUCACUGAAGCUUCAGUUUACACACAGUACGUUCUCCCUAAACUCUAUGCAAAACUUCACUACUGCGUCUCGUGCGCUAUCCACAGCAAAGUGGUGCGUAACAGGAGCAAGAAUGACAGAAGAAUCAGAACUCCACCGCAAAGAAACUUCCCAGGCAACCGUGACCAGAACAGACCGCAAGCCGCUGCCAGGAAGUAACUUGUCUAAUAUUUAGGUUUAAAUGUUUUAAAAUAAAACUUUGACUUCAAAAAAAAAUUAGUAA